UGACGCUGAAAUAGUGAAGUUAGUGGUCAAUUAAAAAAUGAUAGCAUGGGCUCCUGCUAUGACCAAUACGGCCGAUGAAACGAUAUGAGCACGUAUGCGUACAGUACAGGCUGUUGGGAAAUACGCAAACAAUGUACGAGAUGUGGUGUUGGAUAGUGAUUCUACAAUUUCUCCUGGCGGAAGAACUCGCCUCAGGUAUUAUGCUCACGGAGGUGCGAGUGCCCAAGCACACCAUCAAGGGCCACUCGGUAAGAUUGGAGUGUCAUUAUGACAUGGAAGGGGAGGCGCUCUACUCGGUGAAGUGGUACAAGGAUGGGUACGAAUUUUAUCGAUAUGUGCCAAGAGACGACCCGCCCGGGACGGUAUUUCCCCAGCCGGGCAUUAUAGUGGAUCUACAAAACUCAACCAGCGAGCAGGUGGUGCUGGAUCCGAUAGAUCUAUCAUCCAGCGGAAAGUAUCGAUGCGAGGUGUCGGCCGAAGCACCGUCCUUCCAAACCGUGUCCGACCACGGGGAAAUGCUGGUGGUUGUGCUUCCUGAGGAGGAUCCGUACAUUACGGGCGGGAAGCCACGCUACCAGAUCGGCGAUAUCGUGCGGGUAAACUGCACAUCUGGCCGCUCGAAACCGGCGGUCCAUCUGACGUGGUACAUCAACGGGGAUGCGGCGGAUGGGUCGCUGGUGAAGCGGUUCGAACCCAUCGUGUCCGGGCCGGACAAGCUGGAAACAUCCAUACUCGGGCUGGAAUUCCGUGUGAAGCCAAAGCAUUUCAAGCGAGGUGAUAUGAAGCUCAAGUGCCUCGCCACAAUAUCAACCGUAUACUGGAAAAGUAACGAGGAGAGCGUCGAGGGCGAAAAGAUACAGAAGGCUCCCAUGCUGGAGUCUCGGCGGGCCGUUUCAAGCGACACGCGAGCCGACCGGGUUCAAGCGGCGAGCGGUGAUGCAUUGGCGAAUAAAUAUUCAUCGGGGUUGAAUUUUACAUUGCGCUGGCUGCUCACCCUGGUGUCCGCGAGCCGGUUGGCCUGUUCGUGGUUGGCCUAA